GAUGAGCACGUGCGCAACGAGCUGGCCCGCAUGAAGCAGGAGCCGGUGCGCACCGAGGACGGCCGCGCGAUGGCCAUUCGCAUCCAGGCUUACGACUACCUGGAGUGUUCUGCCAAGACCAAGGAAGGUGUCCGGGAGGUCUUCGAGACAGCAACCCGGGCGGCCUUGCAGAAGCGCUACGGCACCCAGAACGGCUGCAUCAACUGCUGCAAAGUCCUAUAGGGUGCGGCCGG